AUGCUGGGGAAGCUGUCACUGGCUGAGAACAGCCUCACCUCUGAUGGGGCUGACCUGAUCACCCUGGCCCGGGAGACCAUCAGUAUCCGCUUCACAGCCAUGAAGCCCUUCCUGCCGCAGCUCCUCGUAUGUGGCUCUAUCCCCUUUGUCCUGCUGGAAGGUCAGAUCCUCCAACAGGUCACGCCAGUGGUGUCAGGAUUCUACAAGGCGAGUCCCCAGGAGAGGCCCCUGCUCCUCUUCAGCAAUGCGGACCAGUGGGUGGGCGUGUAUAUCGAAUACAAGUUCCAGACCCCCGUCCCUACCCACCUCCAAGGCCUGGCUAAUUACUUGGCCCAAAACAUAAGAGACCCCAUUCUCCAGAAAUCCAGCAUCGUGGCCAAUGGGGAGAAGGCAGAGCUGGUGCUGUCUGAAGUGUGGCUGCAGAUCCUGGGCCAGCCCCACACCAAGGCCUUGGAGGACAGAGCCAGCCCUGAGUUCUGGGCACUUCAGGGGCAGCUGAGCAGAUGGGUGAAGUGCUGGGAUGAAGGGGGCUGGGGAAGAGGCCCCGGGGGGAUGGGGAUGACUGCACAAGGCUUUAGUACAGCUGUGACCCUCUUCAUCCUCUCCUGA